CGGAGACCCGUGACGGCGGCGUGCUUGGCAGUAUGAUGACGGCUGGAUAUCCCGAGCAGGGGGGCGGCGGCGGGGGCCCUCCCUCGGCGGGGGCAGCGGCGGUAGGGGGAGCCACCGCCCCCACCCCACAGCCCGUAGUGCCGCCCGCUCACGCCCCCGCCCAGCCCGCCCACGACCAGUGCCUCUCCGGCCAGCCGCUGCAGCCCGACCACCACAGCUACCAUGACCAAGCCCAGUUCGAGGUGGACAAGCGCUCGGUUUACAAACACCCGCUGUUUCCCCUCCUGGCGCUGCUGUUUGAGAAGUGUGAGCUGGCCACUCAGAGCGCCGACUCCGUGAGCAGCGACUCGUUCAACUUGGACAUCCAGGCCUUCGUGCAGCACCAGGAGAGGGACCGCAAGCCUUUCCUCAUGAACGACCCGGAGGUGGACGGCUUGGUGAGUACUGACGAGGAUGGUGUUGUAGAUGAUGCUAUUGAUGCUUGUGUGUGUGUGUGUGUGUGUGUGUGUGUGUUCUGAAGGGAAAAUGGGAGGGGUGUAUUUAUGCGAAGGGAAGAGGUUAAAGGAAGGGAAAAAAUGUACUUAUGGUGAUGUUGUUGUUUAUUGUGUGUGCGUUGUUAGGCAUUCUAUUCUCAUGGUUGUCUUGCAGUGUGGAAGGGUGGGAGAGUGUCGUGUAUGUGAAUAAAGAAAUAGGAGAUGAAGGAAAUAAUAAUAAUAAUAAUAAUAUGUUGUCAUUACCAUAAGUUAGACAAAAAAAGAAUACCCAGAAGUAAGAGUAAGAUGAAAGAAUAUUUGAUGUUUGUGAAAGGGAACGAAAGGGAAGGAAUAGAGAAUAAGGGAAAGUAAAACGAAAAAGACGAAAGAGAGUAGAAGGAAACGAGAAAAGAGUCAGAAGAAAAAAUAGGUGAGGUUUGAAAGUAACAGUAGGUUAGACAAAGAAAAAAAAACUAAAUUUGAUUAGUAGUAGUAGUAAAAAAAAUCUGAGCAGUAAAAAUCUGAGUCUUAAAAAUCUCAGUAGUAAAAUCUGAGUAGUAAAAUCUCAGUAGUAAAAAUUAGUAUGCUGUAGAGUGAAGAAAGGGAGGGUGAGUAGAAGGAAAUUAGUGAGAGAGAAUAGGAAAUCAGACAAAUAAGGAAAUAAGGAGAAUAGAGAAAAUAAGGACAACAGGAAAUGAGAUAAGAAAGGAAGGUAAAAGGGAAAGGAAGAUAAAAUGAAGCAACCAAUGAAACUAUUCGUAUAAAAAAAGAAAGAGAGGUGGACAAGGAAGAAAGGAGGAGGAGGAGGAGGAGGAGGAGAAAUAUAUAGUAAAAAGGAAUAGUUACUGAAAACCAUCUUAUAGCAAAAAAAAAAAAAAAGAUAGAGAGAAAAAAAUGUAAGCUAAAGAAAUAAGCGAUGAAAUAAUUCGUUUGAGAAAGAAAGUAAGUUAGAGCAUAAGAUAGGUAAAGGGAAAUAAGGAAAGGGUUAUUUUAAGGUAAGGAGAAGAAAUAGGUAAGUGAUUGGAAACGAGAAUAAUAAAGAACAGGUAAAAAUUCAUGUGGUUAGGUGUGCAGGACAGAGAGGGAAAAAUGAGACGGAUAUGAAAAGGGAAAUGAGAUGGAUGAAAAAGGAAAUGUCUAUGGGAAAAGGGAAGGAAGAGAAGGGAAAGAAGAAUAUUUAUAGGAAGAGGAGAAAAGAAGAAAAGAAAGAAUGAAAAAUGAGGAUAUGAAAGGGGAAAUGAGACUGGUGGUGAAUUGAAUGUUUACUGGAAAAGGGAAGGAAGAGAAGGGAGAGAAGAAUGUUUAUAGGAAAAGGAGGAAAGAAUGAAAAAUGAGGAUAUGAAAAGGGGAAAUGAGACGGGUGAUGAAUUGAAUGUUUACUGGAAAAGGGAAGGAAGAGAAGGGAGAGAAGAAUGUUUAUAGGAAAAGGAGGAAAGAAGGAAAAAUGAGAAGGAUAUGAAAGGGGAAAUGAGAUGGAUGAAGAAGGAAAUGUUUAUGGGAAAAGGGAAGGAAGAGAAGGGAGAGAAGGAUGUUUAUAGGAAGAGGAGGAAAGAGGACGAGGAAAGGGAGGGAAAAUAUGAGAAUGAUAAAGAGGGAGAUAAAGAAGGGAAGAUAAGAGACAGGGAAGAGAAAAUAUAAGCCAGAAGGAGGAGAGAAACGAGAUAGAAAAGAGAAAGUAUAAAAAGGAAGAAGGAAAGGAAAGGAGGAUGAGAAACAACAGAAAAAAAGAAAAACAGGGAUGAAAAAAGAAAAUAGGGACUUAGAAAAAUAACAAUAAGAUAAAAAGUAAAGAAAAAAAACGAAAACAAAAUAGAAUGAAAAGGGGAAUGGAAGAUAAAGGAAAUAAAUUAUGUGUAAGGUGAAGAAAGGGAAGAGGAAGAAUUAGAUAGAGAGGAGGAGGAGGAGGAAUGGAGAAAGAUGAAGGAGAUGAAAGAGGAAGGGAGGAAAGAAGGAAGGAAGGAAGGAAGAAGUUACAAAUAAGAAUAAUUGUGAAGGAAACGAAAGGGAGAUAAAAUAAAAUAUAAAAUAAUAAGAUAGAGAAACAAAAGAAAGAAAAAGCAAAUAGAUUAGACAAAAGUUAAACCGUCGAGAGUAAGGAAGACGGGUUAGGGAGGAGGAGGAGGAGGAGGAGGAGGAGGAGGAAAAGAAGAUAACGCUGAAGAGAUUUGGAUUAAUUUAGGUAAAGUGGAGGUGGCGUGGAGGAAAGUGGAAGGAAGUGGAAGAAUGUGUUAAGUGGAUGAAAGGUCGAGUGUGUGUGUGUGUGUGUGUGUGUGUGUGUGUGUGUGUGUGUGUGUGUGUGUGUGUGUGUGUGUGUGUGUUUAGAAGUGGAAUGCAAAGAAAGAAGGAAAAUAGAUAAGGAGAGAUAUAGUAUUACUCUCUCUCUCUCUCUCUCUCUCUCUCUCUCUCUCUCGUGCCCUCCUUUUUUUCCUUCAAUGGUUUUUUUUUUGUAUUAUCGGUGAAAAAGGAGGAAAAAAAGACUUGGAGAAAAGAGGAAAAAAAAUAGAGGAAGAGAAGGAAACAUUGGAAGAAGAAAAAAGAAAAGAGAAGGAGAAUAAGAAAUAGAAAGAAGAAGAAAAAAGAAAAAGAAAACGAAAUAUAAAAACAAUUAAGUAUCGAAAGAAAUAGAAGGGAAAGGAAAGCAAAGAAUAUAGGAAAAGAAAAGGCGAAUAAAAUAAAAGAAAUACAAAGAAAAAAUGAAUAAAUGAAAAGAAAAGGAAAAUAUAUAAUAAAAAGAGAAAAGAGGAGAAAUAGAGAAAAAAAGAUGGAAAGCGGA